AUGCUUCGAAAUGAUAAAGUGGCUGCUGUUUGCGGGCGCAUUCAUCCCGUUGGAGGCGGUUGGAUAAACUGGUACCAACGUUUUGAAUAUGGAGUUGGCCACUGGCUACAAAAGGCAACCGAACAUGUUUUGGGAUGUGUUCUUUGCUCGCCAGGCUGUUUUUCAUUGAUGCGAGUCCAUCAUCUCCGAUUCAACAACGUGAUGGCCCGGUACCGUCAAUAUGCAGAAACGCCGAUGCAGAAGCUUCAGUAUGACAUGGGAGAAGAUCGUUGGCUUUGCACUCUUAUGCUUAUGCAGGGUGGUCGAAUCGAGUACGAAGCUGGUUCACAUUGCUUUACAUUUGCACCAGAAGAGUUAGAGGAGUUUUUCAAGCAACGAAAACGAUGGGGACCGAGCACUACUGCAAAUAUUUACGACUUGAUACAGCAACAAUGGCUUGCCAGAAAAAACAACCCAUACAUCUCGUUUCCUUAUGUUUUGUACCAAGGCUUCAAUCUUAUCUUCACAGUUAUCGGCCUCUCGACAACACUGAUGAUGCUUUCUGAGGCCUUUAAUUUUGCAAUCAAAAUGCCUACUGAUGAAGCGGCCCUAGCAUACAUCAUCAUUUGCACCCCUGUGGUCAUUUUUGCCCUAGUUUGUCGAUUUUACGACAACCAAAAUGUGCAGAUCGGACUUGCAUCAUUCCUGACAUUUAUCUAUGCGAUUCUGAUGGUCACUGUUAUGAUUGGGUUGUUAGUUGACGCGAUCGAGUGCGUUGCUGAUCCAAAUGUCCUCUUUUUCUUAGCUUUAGCUGCUAUUUAUGGAAUCGCUGCCCUGAGCCACGGAGAAAUCGUUAAUUUGAUGUGUGGAAUAAUUUAUUUUAUGUUCAUACCGAGCUGCUUCAUAUUUCUCCAGCUGUAUAUGGUGGCAAAUCUUAAUGAUAUUUCUUGGGGAACACGACAAAACGCGGGUGAAGCAUCAAAGAAGAAGAAAGAUAUGGGAAUAUUUGGUGGAAUUAUGAACUCUUUUUGCUCCAUGUGCAUGGGCGAAUCUUCUUGCAAUGAAUGCUGCUGUCCCAACGAAAGCAAACCAAAUACGAACAACGAAGAAGACCUAGAACUAACGCGAAACUCACUCAAAAAGGACUCAAUUAUCAAAGAAGAACCCAAACAAGCAACUUUAGUUGCAGAGCAGCAAACUCAAACAGAUCAGAGCUCUGAAGACAACAACGACUAUGAAGAAGAAAUUGUUAAGAAAGAGGUUGUCCACGAAGACGGAUGGUUUGAUUUCAGUCAUCGACUACGGCGACACUCUGAUAUGGAAUUGCACAGCUCGACAACGGUAGAAGCAGGAGAAAUCAAGAAAAGAUACACAACAGCUGAGCUUGGCUUUAAUAUUCGCGACGAAGGAUUCGACUACACAAAGACAACAUCAGUUGCGCAAAAGAAAAAAUCUCCCAAAAAGUUAGCUCCACCUCCAACCCAACCAGUUCAAGUUUUUACGCCAUUGCAGACAGAAAAAGCAAAUCCCGACUCGAGUACUCAUACGAAGCGAUUGACAAAAAGACGAGUAACCAACUCGCUAAGAAAAAAUACAGACAAUCGGCAGUCUGUUGUCUCGUCGAAAUCUGCGUGUUCCCUCAGAAAAUCAUUGAUGAAGCACAACAAAUCUUUCAAUGAACUAAUCAGCUCUCAAUACAAGAAUAUCAAAAAGGUUCUGACUAUCGACAUUGAUGACUCGAGUAGAGAUACCGAGCUGGUGAAACGAUCCUACCUCAACUAUGGAGGCGUUACAAGGAAAACUAUGCGGAAACUGUUUCAAGUUCUGAAUGUGUCAACUAUCACCGAACCAAUUCAUUUGUCCCUUCUCCUUGAGUAUUUCACCUAUCCAACAAAGUCAAAGUCUCCAGUUCCCCGUGCUACUCAUCAUGAAACAAUAAAAAUACGCAAGAUUCGACUAAGAGAAUACAGCGAAUGUGCCAUGCGCGGUAAUUUGGAUUACUUUUCCUGGUUUUUGGAACCCAACGCGCCGUUCGAGCCAACAACACGAAUUUAUACUCUAGCUGAUCCAGAAUACAAUUUUUGGAAAAGUCUGCAGGAUCCUGCAAAUGGCCAUCUCAAGAUUGUCGACAGCGAGUAUUCUGACGUGGAUAAAGAGCGACUCCAGAAUGAAAGAAAGAAAGCACUUGCUAAAUUCAGAAAUGAUAUCUUUCUUUUCUACAUUGUCGCUAACAUCUUGUGGAUGACGAUCGGACUGAUGCUCCGUCAAUUUGGUGAUCGUCUUCUACAAAUUGGCUACGAUGCUCCUGAUUUUUGCGAACCUGACACGGAAGCUCAGAUUUCCUUCUCAUCCUUCAGUCAUUUUGCUCCUCGAGACAGUCUGCUUCCUGGAGGGCCAGGACUUUUUCCAGGACUAAAUAACACGGAGCCAGAUCCGACGUACCAGAUUGAAAUUCAGCCGCUUACUCUUUGCUUUAUGGCCUUUUAUAUUGUUUUGAUUGUCAUUCAAUUCAUUUGUAUGAUUUCUCACAGAAUAUCGACAUUUUACCAUUAUAUGGCACACAUCCGAAUUCCUGAUGAGAGGCGCACGAUCGAAGAAAAGCAAUUAAAACUGGAAAAACAGCGGCUAAAAAGGGUGAACGAACAACCCCGCGAUUCUGAAAUUUCUGGAGAUUCGCAAGACAGCGCUGCUGAUUCUGACGAUAGUCUUGAUCGAUUGGCCGACCACGUAGACAAGUCAGGGCGACGAAUGUCGGACGAGAGUGUUUUCGCGGAAAUAACUCAUCUGAAAAAGGGACUCAAUAAUCCGUCUUUCACCUCUCCCGCAGAUGUAGAAAUAGAGACGGUAGAGACUUCCUUCUCAAAUGCGAAUGACUCCUUUGACCCGGUUAAUCCUUAUCCAACAGUUCCGAGGGGUGUGAAGUUUGCUGUUGGCGAAGAAAAGGAUAAAACCUCGAAACUUCGUAAAACAGGCGCCUGGGCAUUGACGAAAAAGUCUGCUUUGAAAAAACCAUCAGCCAAAACAAGCUUUGAUAAAACUCCAAGAACAUCAGGAACAACAUUUUCGAACUCAGAAGCAAGCUCUUCAGGGACAAACUUCUCCUCGUCAGUUAAACCACCCGAGAAAGAAGCAGAAACAACUUCAAAUGCGGGCACCGACUUUUCUCAAAAGCAAGAAAAAGACCCGCUUAUAAUGUUCAAGGAUUUGGACAUGGGCGACUCAUCUACUGUUAGAUUGCCCUCGUCGACGAUGAAGAAGUCCAACUCAACUGGAACACUUUUCUGA